GGCAUUUAAAGCUAAUACGCCUCACGCUAGCGUUGCUGUCAUUGCCCUUUUACUUAACCAAUUACCGUGGUUGAAUCUAAUCCCAACAAGUUUCUUCUUCCAUUCACAGCCUCUAAUAUUGGCGGCAUUCACCAUGGCAAACGACGCCGCUCUUAAGACCUCUCUCCUUUGGCUGGCGGCAGUUAUAUUAGUGGUUGGAAUAUGCACUCACUCUUUCAAGAAGAUGAUGGCUACCUAUGUCUUGGGUGUUGUUGGGAUUGCUGCUAUACUCUUACCUGAUUGGGAUUACUUCAACCGUGAUUUCUCUCGUUGGGCUUACCCUGUUACUUCUGAGGAAAGAGAAGCCUCUCUUCUUACCCAACCAUCUGGAUUCCUAAGAUUUGCGAAUUCUCCUUUGAGGGUGAUUGCUUAUGGCGUGGUUUAUGGAUAUACUAUGUACAAAUGGUGGGAGUAUGUAUCAGGGUAACGAAUGAUUAACGAGUUUUGUGGAAGCAACUGCAGAUUCUUCAUAACUCCAAUUUUAGCUGUACGUUUAAAAUUUUGUUUCUUAAAUUUGUUUACUUUGGAGGAAUCCAUAAACUGUAGCAGUGACUGUUGAAGAAGUGUUUCAUUUUUUCUGCAGAAUAGAAUAUAAAAAAGGAUGAUAAAAAUGAGUUCAUCCCCUUUUUCAUUUUGAUCUUAUAAAUGAUAAGGACUAAAAUAGAGUCCUCCCUAUA